AUGGGUAGUUGUAAUUGUAUUCCAAAAAAGCUAGGAGAAGAAGAAAUAUAGACUUAAAGAGGAGGGAGCGAACACUAAAUAUUGGAUAAAGAAAAACAAUAAGAUGCUCAAACAUUUACUCAUGGUUGAUUUUUAUAUUCUUAUUCAGAGGACAAUAAACCAGCCAAUGAUGAAUCUUAAUAACUUGUUUAAAGUACGAAAGGAAUUCGGAAAAAACUUCCUCGAAUAAAUAUGCUUAAUGGAGGUUAUUAUGAAGGGGAGUGGUUCAAUUGUAUGAGGGAUGGCUUUGGAUUGCAUGUAAUAUUGAAAAAUUGAUUAGAGUGUUGGGCUGAUGGAGGUUUUUAUCAAGGGGAAUGGAAAGUUGAUAAAGCUGAAGGCAAAGGGAAAUUAGGUAUAUUCAUUAUUAUUAGCAUUUUUAGUUCAUGGAGAUGGAGAUAUUUAUGAAGGUUAAUGGGCAAAUGAUAUGGCUAAUGGAGUAGGUACUUAUGUACAUGCUGGUGGUGCUAAAUACGAAGGCGAGUGGUUGAAUGAUUAGUAGCAUGGAAAAGGAGUAGAAGUUUGGCCUGAUGGCUCUAAAUAUGAAGUAUUGAAAUCUCUAAUUAUGAAGGGAAUGUAUACUUUUGGAAAAAAAAAUGGAAAGGGAAAACUUUAAUUUGCAGAUAAUAGUAUCUACGAGGGAGAUUUUUUAGAUAAUGAAAUAAGUGGGUUUGGUAAAUAUACAUGGAAUGAUGGUAAAAUAUAUACAGGAAAUUGGUUAAAUAAUAAAAUGAAUGGAUAUGGUGAAACAAUAUGGCCAGAUGGAAAAAGUUAUAAAGGAUAUUAUUUAGAUGAUAAAAAACAUGGGCAAGGUGUCUUUUCUUGGAAUAACGGAAAAAGAUAUGAAGGAGAAUGGUCUAUGGGAAAAUAAAAUGGAAAAGGUGUAAUUAUAACUGAAACUGGAGAAAGAAAAGGUGGAAUAUGGGAAAAUGGUAGAAGAAUUAAAAUAGNUUACAUUUAUGUUGGAAUCAAUUUUCUAGCACUUAUCAUUUAAGUCUAUUUGCUAAUAAACGAAAGAUAACGUAAAAGGUAAAGUAGUGUAAAUUACACUGAAUGAAUUAUAUAAUAAUAGUAAUGUAUACUAUAUAUAUUUAUAUAUAUUAUUAUUAUUAUAUGGGUAGUUGUAAUUGUAUUCCAAAAAAGCUAGGAGAAGAAGAAAUAUAGACUUAAAGAGGAGGGAGCGAACACUAAAUAUUGGAUAAAGAAAAACAAUAAGAUGCUCAAACAUUUACUCAUGGUUGAUUUUUAUAUUCUUAUUCAGAGGACAAUAAACCAGCCAAUGAUGAAUCUUAAUAACUUGUUUAAAGUACGAAAGGAAUUCGGAAAAAACUUCCUCGAAUAAAUAUGCUUAAUGGAGGUUAUUAUGAAGGGGAGUGGUUCAAUUGUAUGAGGGAUGGCUUUGGAUUGCAUGUAAUAUUGAAAAAUUGAUUAGAGUGUUGGGCUGAUGGAGGUUUUUAUCAAGGGGAAUGGAAAGUUGAUAAAGCUGAAGGCAAAGGGAAAUUAGGUAUAUUCAUUAUUAUUAGCAUUUUUAGUUCAUGGAGAUGGAGAUAUUUAUGAAGGUUAAUGGGCAAAUGAUAUGGCUAAUGGAGUAGGUACUUAUGUACAUGCUGGUGGUGCUAAAUACGAAGGCGAGUGGUUGAAUGAUUAGUAGCAUGGAAAAGGAGUAGAAGUUUGGCCUGAUGGCUCUAAAUAUGAAGUAUUGAAAUCUCUAAUUAUGAAGGGAAUGUAUACUUUUGGAAAAAAAAAUGGAAAGGGAAAACUUUAAUUUGCAGAUAAUAGUAUCUACGAGGGAGAUUUUUUAGAUAAUGAAAUAAGUGGGUUUGGUAAAUAUACAUGGAAUGAUGGUAAAAUAUAUACAGGAAAUUGGUUAAAUAAUAAAAUGAAUGGAUAUGGUGAAACAAUAUGGCCAGAUGGAAAAAGUUAUAAAGGAUAUUAUUUAGAUGAUAAAAAACAUGGGCAAGGUGUCUUUUCUUGGAAUAACGGAAAAAGAUAUGAAGGAGAAUGGUCUAUGGGAAAAUAAAAUGGAAAAGGUGUAAUUAUAACUGAAACUGGAGAAAGAAAAGGUGGAAUAUGGGAAAAUGGUAGAAGAAUUAAAAUAGAAGGAGAAAAUGAUUAAACAGCUGAAGGAGAAACCUGA